CCACCGCCAAACACAUGACGUUAUAGCGGAGCGCGGUUAGCCUGACUUUCUAAGACAGAACGCACCGCGACCCGUUCGAGACAACAGUGUGUGCUACGCAGCAGCAGCAGCAGCAGCAGCAGCAGUUGCCAUCUUGCGCUCAAACCAGACGUUAUUUGUCAUCCGGCAAUGUGCUUCGUGCAUUACCCUGGUCGGGUGUGAAACAAUCGAGUGCGCAACAAUUUUGCACAUUUGGCAGUGUGAAAACGCGACAUUGCGCGAACCUGCAAUCAACUCUUCAGUGGUGAGGAUGGACUUUCAACGAUCAACGACCAUCACGAGUACGGUCACUCGCAUCCCGGAAGCUGAGUACGUGAACCCGUUCGUGCUCAAGCUAGAUCUUGACGACCCAUGGGAAAAGCGCAAGACCUAUCUCAUGACGCUGCUGGUGCUCCCGAUCCGUGCCGUGCUGAUGGGUCUUUGUUUGGUGGUGGCGUGGGCGUUUGCCUCCAUCGGGCUGUACGGGUUGACCGAGAAGGAGCGGCGCUCGAUACCUAUUUCCGGCUGGCGACGGGAAAUGCGUGAGAUGACAGCACUGGCGAUGCGAUUGCUGUACUUCUUCGGAUCAUUUCACCGCAUCAAGGUGAACGGUGUCUGUGCUUCACCCCGCGAGGCACCGAUCGUAGUCGUUGGUCCACACUACAGUCUCUUCGACUCGAUCGUGGUAGCAUUCUGUGGCCCAUCCACCGUGGUGGCGAAAAGUAAAGCCGCCGAUCUACCCCUCAUUGGCAAAAUCAUUGACAUCACACAACCGAUCUACGUUUGCCGGGAGGAUCCAAACUCACGCCACAUCACACGCCAUCUCAUUAUCGAGCGCGUCAUCUCGAAGGAGGAUUGGCCACAGAUCCUUAUCUUCCCGGAGGGAACCUGCAGCAACGGGCAGGCGGUGGUACAGUUCAAACCGGGUGCUUUCGGACCGGGACUCCCGGUGCAACCGGUGGCGAUACGUUACACCAAUCCAACCAACACCGUAUCGUGGACGUGGGAGGGACCUGGAGUACCGGUCCUGUUAUGGCGCACGCUAACCGCGUUCCACACCGGGUUCGAGAUUAACUUCCUGCCGGUGUACUACCCGAACGAGCAGGAGCGUAACGAUGCGAAGCUGUACGCGCUCAACGUCCGCAACUACAUUGCCCAUUCGCUGGGAAUUCCCGGUACCGAGCAUGGCUACAAUGACUGCAAGCUGAUGAACUACAUGAUCGCCAUCGGUAUGCCGUACUACGCCUGGAGUCACGAUAUUGUCAAGAUGCGUAAAUGGCUGGGACUCGCUGAUGGAACGGUGGAGCAGAAUUUGGUAGACCAGGGCGUACCCUUUACGGAGAAAAAUUCGCUCAUCGCGUUGGAUGAGUUUGCUCGCCGAUUAAACAUUUCCGUGGAGAAUGAUUCGACGAGAAUUCUUUUCAAAAUAUUCAACAAGGACAAUGACAGUGCAGGAUUGAUAGACUUCAGAGAAUAUCUAUUGCUUGCCCUGUUUCUGUCUGGCUUGGGCAAACCAAAACUCGACUUAUUGAAGCUUCUGUUUAAGCUAUACGGUGUGGAGCGUGAUCUGAUAACAAGGGAGGGACUGUACCUAGCAGUAAAGCACCUAUCUACCAUUACACCGGAACAGUGUGAUAAGCUAUUCGUUAAGGCGGACACCACCAAUCGAGGCCUCAUUUCCUUCGAGCAAUUUGAACGAAGCAUCAACUGUCACCCGAUUCUGCUCGAUCUGCAAGAAUUGAACGAACCAAAGCCGUUUGCAGCACCGCAGCAAACGAACACCAGCUAGACGAUGGACCGUAACGGGACGUUGCAGCAGCGCAGGGUGUACGGUGUACAUGCUAGGCAGUGGAAAACUAUUAUUGCCAAUUCCGCCAGUUGCGUGUUGGCCAGUGUUUUGAAUUAGUGGUAUUAGCGUAAUGAUAAUAAUGAGACAGACAAAUCUAACGUUCCUGGUUUAUUGAGCGGCGCUAGUCGUGGUCGGAUUGCACAUCACACUCCUCGAUACGGCACGCGAGCGGUACAUCGAUCAACCGCGGCAGAUGGCGUGGUGCGUGCACGAGCAGAAAAUCAUCGACCAGCUGCCGCCGGUACCGGUGCCACAGCAGUUCGGCAAGGAACCAGCGGAACAGUCGUUCGCGCGACGGUUGCCGCUGCUCGAGAAAGAUCCGGACACGGUUCCAGAUGUUGCCCCGGUUUUGGGGUUUCUCCAGCAGCCAGUAGCGCGGUAUCAGCAAACACUGGACGUGGGUGCGGGCGAACACGGCCCGAUCGACCAUAUGCUCCCCGAUGCCAAACACCGAACCGCGGCUGUACGUAGCGAUGUCGACGAAAUGGUACUCGACCAUGGUCGGCUGCUUACGCCGCUCGGUUGCGGGUGUCUGUUGCGGUGUACUGCAAGACAGAGGAGAAGGAACGAACACUUACCAGUUUACAGUAGUUAGGAAGCUUUUAAUCACACACUGUUAAAUACUACAUCGGUACAAAAUGUCUCAGUGUACUUAGUGUACUUAGUAGGUAGAAGAAGCGUAACGCACAAUGUACAGUAAAAAGAAAAGCUACUUACGGAACACUCACAGUUCGCGUACUUAGGUUAGGGAGGAAAGCGUGAAGUACAGCUACAUACAACGAGACGAAUAUUAAGCUACUUUUUUAAAGCUA